UUCACCUGGAAGCAGUAUUUCGAUAGAGCGGAAACGAGGCGAGUCAUGUAACGUAAAAUGGUGUGAUCGAGACCGGCUCGGUGUCAACAGAGAUGUUUUUGGUUUCUGUCUUUGGCUUCUGUGCGACCCUUUCCCGCCCAUCAGCCGCAGGACUGACCAAAUUUCGCAGCCUUUAUAGCACUUGGAAGCAGCCACACAUAAGGAAACUGCUGCGGAUCGGCGAGGAGAAGAAGACCGUGAUUUGUAUUGAAGGAAACAUUGCCAGCGGGAAGACGACGUGUCUGGAAUAUUUCAGCAAAACUAGCAACCUGGAGGUAAACACUGAACCUGUUUCUAGAUGGAGGAAUGUAAAAGGACAUAAUCCAUUGGCUUUGAUGUACCAAGAUCCGAUGAGAUGGGGCAUCACCUUGCAGACUUACGUUCAGCUCACCAUGCUGGAGCAACACCUUUCUGCUGUGUCUGCUCCCAUGAAAAUGAUGGAGAGGUCCAUCUAUAGCGCCAAAUACAUCUUCGUGGAAAAUCUCUACAGAAGUGGGAAGAUGCCACAGGUGGACUUUGCUGUUCUGACUGAGUGGUUUGACUGGAUCACAAAAAAUAUCUACAUUCCAGUGGAUCUUAUUGUUUACCUGCAGACUUCUCCACAGACGUGUUUAGAAAGGAUAAAACAGAGAUGCAGAGAAGAGGAGAAAGUGAUUCCUUUGGAGUAUUUAGAGGCAAUUCAUCAAUUGUAUGAAGACUGGUUGAUUAACCAAACAUUGUUUCCUGUUCCUGCCCCUGUUCUUGUGAUUCCUGCAGAUCACAAUCUUCAGAAGAUGCUUCAUCAGUAUGAAGAGAACAGAGAAAAGAUUUUAAUUGAUAGCAAAUGACUGUCAACAGGGAAACUCUGCAGAUUUUGUCUCUCCCUGUUUCCCCUGCCUGCCCCUCCCUAUGACUGAAUGCUCGCUUUUGUUGGCAUCCUAGCGAUUGCUGUCUUUUGGGCAUCCCAGUCAUGCUGUCGUAAGUGUGCUUUCACCACGGAGGGCAUUUCCUUAUGCCAUGACACGUUUCCUGCUGAAAGCAAAGAGGUGGUCCAUCCUUUUUUUUUUUUUUUUUUUUUUGCUCUACCAGUCUUACUCAUUCUGUAAAAAUUACUUCAGUUAAUUCCCCUCCUGUUUUUACAAUAAUUCACUAACACUGGUGCUUACUCAGAAACUGGUCCCGUUAGACAAGACUGUUGACUAAUUAGUGUACAUUCCAUAUUUACUGUACAAAUUAGAGCUUAAACAUAUUCCAAGGGGACUAAAAUGGGCAUUUCACCCUUUUCAUUCUGCUAGCCAGUUUGUUGUAGAAAUGUUGUCAAACGUCUACAUUACAAUUUCAUGAACUGACUGGG